CGAGAAACUGGUGGAGGGAACGCAGGUUAGCCCACCGCAAAAAGAGCUGUCACGCAGCCACCAUACAGGCUGUUCAUCUGGCCCACGAGCCCCGCAAGCUUAUCUGAGUUUCGGGCCCGCACUCUUGAUGUUUGUUCGCUCCCUUAACUUCUGUUUGUCGUCCAUACCCCCAUCCCCUCAACAUCAGCCCGCAUCUUGCUUUUAAAUGGCAUCUGAAUACGAGCUACUCAAUGAAGAGCUUUCAGACUCUUCUAGAGAAGCAGAACGUGCCUUGGUACGUCGAUUAGAUCGCCGACUACUUGCAUUUGCAAUGGUUGGAAACGUCAUAAAGGUGUUAGAUAAUAGUAACUUGGCAAACGCUUACAUCAGUGGUUUGGAAGAAGAUAUACAUGCAACAGGAUUGGAUUACAAUUGGAUGGGGAUCGCGUUCACCUGCGGAUAUCUAAUUAUGCAAACACCAUCGAACAUGAUUUUAUCCCAUACCCGCCCAUCAGUAUACCUACCAUGCUUGGAAAUUGCGUGGUGUAUGUUGACUUUUGCCAUGGCAGCUGUACAAUCUGUGAACGGGGUCUAUAUCAUACGAUUUUUGCUGGGACUAUUUGAAGCUGGUUUUUGGCCCGGUACUAUCUUUCUGCUUGGAUCUUGGUACACAAAAGAAGAGCUUGGUACCAGAAAUGCGCUAUUUGCCAUGUGCGGAACACUGGGCACAUUGACAAGCGGGUUACUACAAGCUGCAUUACUAGAAACCAUGGACGGCACUCUAGGAAUUAGUGGAUGGCGCUGGACCUUUAUCAUAGACGGGUCUUUCACAGCUGUGUUGGCCGUUUUUGGCCUCAAGUAUUUACCAGAUUACCCCGGAAAAGGCACCUUAUGGCUCAGUGAAGAGGAGCACAAACUGGCUAUCCAACGUCUCGCGAGAGAGGGAAAAUCAGCAUCACGAAAGGGUUCCUUCUUUACGAAAGAGACCGUGAGAGGACUGUUUUGUACUUGGCCGCUUUACAUGUUUAUGAUCGCUUGGGUGUCAUUACACAUAUCAAUGGGAGCCACAGCCGUCCUCGGCAUUGUAGCCAGGAAGUCAGGAUACGAUGCUAUAUCUUCAAAUUUGUUCACAACGCCAAGCACGUUUUUGAAUAUGAUCACGGUUGUCUUGAAUGGGUUUUUAAGCGAUCGUCUUCGAACACGCCAAUGCAUGCUUUCCGCUUUUGUACAGCCCUUCGGCAUAUUGUGGAUAGGGUUUCUAUUGAUCCACGCUGGACUGGGCAGCACUAACUCGAUCGUAAUGACAUGGCUCAACGAGAUUGUGAUUGAAAGUAAUGAUAUCCGAGCCAUGACCAUUGCCCUCAUGAAUACGGCAUCCCAAUUGAGUCAAAUGGCGACAUCUCUAGUCCUCUGGCCUGUAACAGAUGCGCCGCAAUACCACCUUGGAUUUACUACCUGUAUAUUCUUUGUCUUACUCUUCAUAUUUUCAAUCCUUUGCAUUGGACAAUUUCAAAAGAUCGAAGAACGGAAUAAGAGUCGAAUAAUGAGAUCACCUGUGGAAGCAUCAGAGGAUAUCGAUAUGGACGAUGUCACCAAAAGCUUCCUCACCAGUGAAGAAGGAGACUUUUCUGAUCUUGACCAACCUUCUCAUGACCCAUCGCCUAGAACUCGAGUUCACACUGUAACACUUUCAGAUGAUUAAUCAUAUCAUUGUUUAUGCCUUUUGAACGAAAACUUUUCUCAUUAUCCAUGUCUGGAACAGCAAACAACUUUUGACUUUGUCAUUAUAUACCAACCGUUCCAGAAUGAAAGAGAUUGGCACUUUGUGUCAGAUGAUAAUAAUGGUUGAUUAAAUAGACUCUGUGUAACUCAUAACAAUGGUUGCCAAGAAAUAAAUGCAAGCGUUUUAUAUGUAAGCUGCAAAGAAGCGAAUGCAAAAGACUGAUGAAUCUAUGGACACGGGAAAAAUUGGGGGUUCGGUGGUGCAGACUGAAGAAAUUUG